GGCCACAGAAAGUGAUGUGGAGAGGGAGGGGGGCAUGAGGAAGAGUCAUCUCGUGGAAGGACUCAGCAUGUUUUUCCUCUUAUAUUCUGCUUUAUUUGUCGUCUCUUGCACGCUUGCAGGCCCGGCCCAGCAUGUUGCGAGCUGUGCCACACGAUCUGAUUUAAAUUAGGCAACAGCGAUGGAUUAGGGCGGCUAACGGUGCUUGACAUGUAUUUUAAGCCAAUUUAACGUGUUACUUUGUUUAUUGGGCUCACAGGCUUGUGUAAGGUUGCACUUGGCCAUGCGUCACGAUGAUCCAUCACCUCGGAUGGUUUAACGCACAGCACGGUGGCUCAGUUUUUGCUCAUCCUGCAAAAGGACAUUUUUUAUUUAUUUAUGUGCAACAUUUUUUCCACACAGAAUGUUUCAUAGGAUUUGACAACAUUGCAAAGUGCAUGUGGCAUUUGUUGGUGCACACACUCAUUAGCAUUCAGCUUCCUCUGUCAGUGGUGCCCCUGAGCCAGAGCAAGAUCUGAACAGCUGCAGCCAGCUAUUUUAAGAAGCAUGCGUUUUACUAGGCCACCAGAGUAAAGGGUGACAAUUAUCAGUCACUUCCUAGGUUGUCAGAGAUGCAUGUUGGGAAGAUUCUGGUAUUAAUCUGUAAUCAGCACUUGCAACUUGCAGAUUGAAGAUAUUUUUUCCUAUUUAUGUGUUGCACAAGAGUGACACCAUUUUUUAUCUCACCCAGAUGGAGCAAGGAUUGAAUUUUUUUUAACAGAAACAGUCGGGAUCUGUGUGCAUCUCAAAACUUGGCAGGCUGCACCGUGUCAAAAAUCUGCUCCAAAACCUUGCCAUCAGAUAAUAUUUUAUUUGAUUAUCACCACGUGUUACCAUGGCAAUUGUCAAGAUCCCCCCUACAAGCUAUCGAAGCCUGCAAGGCCGUUUUGACUUUAUCCCCUCACGCGGAGAUGGUUUCAUCGUGACUCAUGCAUGCACACUUUCAGUUGCCCUUCCUUUUUGAAUGUGCAGCCACGGUUCAAAGGGCACGGGUUCCCUUUUUUUCCACCUCUGAUGAGUCACUCGGUUGUAAAAAGAGGUUUCUAUCACAUUCAACAUGCCGGCUGUUCUGUAGUUUGGCGGGAAAGGGUGCCUCUGUUUCAGGGUGUUGCCCAUGAAUGAAAAAAACACACAGACUUCUUCAGAUCUGCUCACCCCAGGCUGGCGACCUCUGAGGGGGUCACGAAGGACUUCAGAAGAGAAGAGGAGAUCAUCUUGCUCGACCUUUCUGCAGCUCAGGCUGAAGUCAGUGUAGUUUUGCAGCUUUAUUUCACUGAUUAUUGGAUUGCACUGGAGCAUCGAUAGCUUGUCUGGUUGAGAAUACCCACCUGACUCGGCUUAUUCAUGCCCGUCAUGAGUGUACCAGCCCAGCAAAAAGCCAGCGCCAAAAGAACAGGCAAACGCAUCACUUUUUUCAACGAACAAAGCAUAGCAAUGAAAGAGGGUUCUCAGCACCCUGAGGGGUCCUACUACGUCCCCGGUGGCAACACCUCAGACCCCGGACAGAGCGAGGCUGCAAGUACCGUGACCUCCAAUCCGGAGGCCCCUCACAUGUACCUCAACUCUGUCAUCUUCAGCCCGGAUAAAGGUGACCAGAGCAGAGGUCACUAUCAGCAGACUGUGCCUAUGAAAUGGGCUCACCAGGAGCCCAGUCAGCAGCAGCCAUCUCUGUCCCAGCAGCAGAGAGCUGCCACGUGGAAUACCAUGGCUAACUGGGGACAAAACUUUGCUAAUUACAUUGGUGGAGUAACAGACUCAAGGACUCAGAAUGCAUUUGUGAAGAUGCAUGAGGCUGCAGGCUUACAGCCACAUCAGCAGCCCCCUAACAGAGGUGCAGACAAGCAGCCAAUGGGGCCUGCUGUGGAAGCGUACAGGGAUGCUGUUAAGGCUCGGGGGCUGGAUUGGGACCAGCAGCAGCAGUCCCAGUCCUUCCAGGAGACCUUGAAACCUGGGGCGUUGAACACCCAGCAGCACAGCACUUCCCACCCAGGAGGGAGCUCCGUCUUGCAGCCGUUCCAGUUGGCCUUUGGUCAGCCAAAGCAGCACCUGCCGGCGUACUACCAGGCCUUUCAAGGCAACAGAACAACCCUACCCAACCCGCCCAACUACUCGACACAAGCGAAACCCCCACACCAGUUGCAGCAGCUGCAGAAGCAAGAGCAAAUACAACGGCAGCAGCAACAGCAACAACAGCAUCACAUAAUCCAGCAGCAAAUUCAGCAGCAGCACCAUCAACAAAUGCAGCAGCAACAAAUCAUUCAGCAUCAACAGCACGUACAGCAACAGCUUCAGCAGCAGCAACAAAUACAGCACGAGCAGCAGCAACAAAAGAUACAGCAGCAGCAGCUCCAAAUUCAGCAGCAAAUGCAACAUCAGCAGUUGCAACAACAAAACCCUCAUGUGCUUGACUAUUACCCCGGCGCACAAAAUGCACACCCUCACCCGCAUCCACAGCCUGUGGUGGUACACUCCCAGGAGUCCUCUGCUCCAGCUCCACCAAAGAUCCAGGAACCAAUUAUCCAAGACAUCACCCCAGAACCCCAGCAGCCUUCAGAUCCGCUGCCACCCACUCUCCAGGCCGAGCCCCUGUCCCAGUCACAACCCCAGUCACAAUCCCAGACACAGCUCCGCAGAUCAAGACGGCUCUCGAAGGAAGGCGGGGCGCCGUCCGACAACCCGUUUCUCACCGUGUCUUCGGAGCAGGCUGCCCCGGGGCCGCAGGGCUCCCUGAACGGUGCCCGUGACAUCCAGGCAGCCCCGACAGGCGUCAUCCAGAGUACGCGGAGGAAACGCAGGGUGUCCCAGGAGGUCAACCUGGAGACUCUUGCUCAGAAGGCCUCGGAAAUGGAGUCUCUGCCAUCACAUGUUGUAAAGGAGCCCCACAGGCCAUGGAGUCCCACUGAUUCAGAGGGUCUAAACGCUAAGCGGCAUCGAGACGACAGCCUCCUUCCACUCGUCAUCCCCGUGUCUGUCCCCGUGCGAAGGCAGGAGCCCUCCUCUCCCGACAGAGAUGACACUGCCCUGGCUUCCAGCUGGCCCCCCAGGCCCUCAAACCCCCAGGACCUCGGCAGGGCCGACCACAAGCCCUCGGUCAUCGUCACCCGGAGACGCUCACUCAGGAACUCUUUGUCAGAGAGCUCAGAGCAAAAUGGAGGAACCGAAGGAGAGAAGGACGAUGACAGCAAAAAGUCUAAACGACGUCCCCGGCCUGAGCCUCUUUUCAUCCCGCCACCUAAACCCGGCUUAUUCAUCGCCCCUCCUGUCUACUCCAGCAUCACGCCCUACCAGAGCCACCUACGCUCCCCUGUUCGCCUCGCCGAAAACCCCCUCACCAUUCCCCCCUACACGCCUCCGCCAAUCCUCAGCCCAGUCCGCGAGGGCUCCGGCCUGUACUUCUCCACUUUCCUGUCCUCGGCUGCGGCCAGUGGCCAGGGCCUGCCGCCUCCUGCGACACCCAAGUCUGCAACACGCAGCCUGUUGCGCUCCAACAGCUGCGACAUCACACCUCCUGUUCUGUCUGCUAUGAGCGAGGCCACUCCAGUCAGCAUAGAGCCACGGAUAAAUAUUGGGUCGCGAUACCAGGCGGAGGUGCCAGAGCUGAGGCAGCGGUCAGCUGUCGAGCUGGAUCAUCAUCGAGCGGAGCUGGUCUGGGUUCCACUUAAUGAACUGGAGGAAAAGCCUGACUUUCAGCAGAAAGUGGAAGACCUCAUGCACCUGGCCUGCUCCAGUGUUUUGUGUGGAGGAGGCACCAACCAGGAGUUGGCCCACCAUUGUUUGUAUGAGUGCAAAGGGGACAUAUUGGCUGCUCUGUCCCUGCUGAUGCUGAGGAAUCCAGUUUUCCCCAAAUCUCAUCAUCUGGCAAACUAUCACUACUCAGGAUCAGACAGCUGGACCACAGCUGAGAGACGCCAGUUCAACAAAGGCAUCGCUGCGUACAAGAAGGACUUCUUCAUGGUGCAGAAGCAGGUGACUACAAAGUCAGUGGCGCAGUGUGUGGAGUUUUACUACACCUACAAGAAACAUGUCAAGAUCGGCCGCAACGGGACGCUGAUCUAUGGCGAGACGGAGCCUCUGGAGAACAAGACUGUUGAGGAGGAGACGGACCACAAGGGCUCUCACAGGUUGGAGCCACAGAGGGAGGAGGACAGCAGGAAGUGGGAAGGGUCAGCUGACAGGAAACCGGAUGUCGGCCCCACCAGGGUGACACACACGUUGCAGUCCUCUGAGAAUCCUGGGACCGUCCUGAUCAUGAAAGGCCAGGAGGAUGUGGCGAGGGACCAGCCGCUGUCUCGGGUCAUCCACCCCCCUCACCCACCCCCUCCCAGCUCCAAAUCCCGCUACGACGGCAACGCACGCCGGACCAGCCCUUCAACGGGCAACAAAGGCACAGCUGGUCAGGAGGGAGAGUUCCCCUGCAAGAAAUGCGGCAGGAUUUUCUACAAGGUGAAGAGCCGCAGCGCCCACAUGAAGAGCCACGCCGAGCAGGAGAAGAAGGCCGCAGCUCUGCGACAGAAGGAGGCCGAGGAACGGGCGGCAGCAAAAGCAGCCGCUGAGGCCGCCGCUGUUCUUGCCGCACGGCAGCAGAACGGGACGCGGCAGGUAGGCGGGGACAGCACCAACGACGACUCGUCGGACGGUGAGGACGAGGACGAUGAGGACUGGCAGUAAAAGAAAGGCCGCACACACUGACUGCAGCACGCAGCGUGGCUUCACUCUCUGGGAUGGGAGAUUCAAAAAUUCAGAAAAAAAAAGAAAGAGGAAUCCCACCUGUGAACUUUGUGUACAUUUUGUGGAACAAAACUUCCGUUGCUUGGCACAUUCAGGGACAGAUUUACUCCCGUGUAUGUGUUUGUGAAUGUGUGGACUGAGUGUGUGUGUGUGUGUGUGUGUGUGUGUGUGUGUGUGUCGAUGAUGAGUGCGUAUGUGCUUUCCAGAGCUCACCACGCCCCCUUUACUCUGCUUGAAAAGCUUUUCAAGAGUUACCUCUCUUGGUCACAGGGCUCGAUCAAAUCAAAGCCAUGCCGCCUCUCUUGGCGCCCUCCUGCUCUCCACGCCAGGCUGCGGCCUUCCUCAGCACUUCGAGUUUCGCCUUGUUUCGUUCAACUGGGCGAGGAACUUGUUGGACCCUCUUUUUUUCUCCUGAUGAGCCGCAGCACGCGCUUGCUUCAGCUGCAUCCCAACUGGAUGAAGUUUUGGCGAUAUGGACACUGAAAUCUGACAGCUGGGAGAUUGCAGCAAACGAACGCAGGGUAGUGCUGUUCUGUUGGUUCCACCACUCUACGACGGACAGACAUGGCAUGUGCAAACUGUUGCCUUUGUUUUCGCCGCUCUUCUGCACUCAAGGCUGCCAAAAGCUUUCUCAGACGCAUGAUGUGCUCCAAGUGGGUUCCCUCUCUUUCUGUGAGCGUUGUUCAUUUGGGCUUUAGUUCUGUGAACCCCCCCCUUCAGCCCUUGUCACUUUUUAUAGUUCCCAGUUCGUUCCUCACUGUCGAUGCCUUGACUGUUUUGAUGCUUUUUAUCUUGAAAUGACAAUCAAUUUUACACUGUUGUUGUUUUUGUUUUUUAUAAAUAUAUAUAUACAGGUAAACGUUACUUUUUCUGCCUGUGUCGCUAUCUAUGGUUGUUGUUUCUGUGAAUAUUCUUGUUGAUGAUUAUUAAUAUUAUUAUUAUAUCUUGGUUUUGGCUGCAAUUUAAUUGAGCGCUUUUCCGUACUUGUCCAUAGCUUUCUUUUUCUUCCUUUUUUUUAUUUAAACAAAAACAAAAAUAAUGCUACUUGCUGCCUGUUUAUAACUGUGAGAUUUUUUUUUUUUUUGGAAGCCAGAAAUGAAGAAAAGGCAGAAACGUAUGUGCAAUAGAAUAAGUUGAAACCACCCCAACCCCCACCCCUUGUUACCAGAGCAUCCGAGCCCCCCCCUCCCCUGUUAUGCUUACAACUGGCUGCUCUGGAUGCCUCGCUGUCAACCCUGUAACUGAUAGGAGGUACUGACUCAGACUGUUGAAACCCGCAGGUCUCCAUAGAUACACAUAACUAAGUGGGAAAGACAACAAACAGUACAAACAAACUGGAGACACAUUUUGGAAUCAGAUACCGAUGUUUACGACGUGUUUACUACCAAGAAAUUUUAGCCAGAGUGAAUAAUUUGCUGAUACAAACAAACAUUAAGUUCACUGUAAACCAAGCUUCACCCAGAUUAUUCAGGUUUUAACAGGAAGUUUUGAACAUCGACAUGAGACACAGAUAUCAAAAUCAAUAACAUAUCCCCUUCUUACUGAGACGUUUCAGCUACAAGUUAUGUUUUACACUUUCCACAGACUGUCAUUUACAGGUGCAUUAUUUACUGUAGACUUAACUAAACCCAGAUUAUUCAGGUUUUAACAGGAGAUUUUGAAUGCGGAUAUAAAAACUUUACAUUGUCCUCCCUCUUUAGAACCAGAUAACUGUAAAAUGUCAUUUAAUUAUUUACUGUCAUCAAAAAACAGGCGUUAGGAGAAGCAGAGGCAUAUGUUACUGUAAACCAAAUUUAAUGCAGUUCUUGAGGGUUUAACUGGAGAUUUUGAAUGCUGACAUAAGACACAUUUUCCCUUUUUUUUUCAGAAUCAGAUAACACCUAUAACAUAUCCCCUUUACUCAGACAUUUCAGCUAGAGCUUUUGUUUUACACUCUCCACAGACUAGUUGAUUUUAACUUACUUUCUGUGAGUUAUUUACAAACAGGUAUAAAGAGAAUUAGGUGCAUUAUUUACUGUAAACUAAACUUAACCCAGAUUAAUUAGGUUUUAACGGGAGAUAAUUGAAUGCUGACAUAAGAACCACAUAUCACGGUUAAAUAUCGAAUUAUUAAUAUAUCAAAAUUAUUUACUACUGUCAACUACUGCCUUUCUUUUAUGAACCAGACAUCAUCCUUUCCAAUAUAUCCUUUCUCCAGACAUUUCAGCUUUUUUAUUUAUUUUUUUUACACUUUCCACAGACUAUAAAUAGUUGCUAAGUUAUCAACAUGCAUGCAUUAACACAAGUAUAUGAAUUUUUUUUUUUUUUUUUUACUGUAAAGGAACUUUAUUGCAGGGUAUUUUAAAUUAAACACAAGACAUACACUUAAUUUAUUUUUAGAACCAGACAUUUCAGCUCGAUUUUUUUUCUCCUCCUGUAGACCGUAAAUAUGUCAGUAAAUAAUUUACUGCCAUCAAAAAACAGGUAUUAAGAGAGGUAGAAGCAUACGUUACGGUAAACUAAACUCAGUGCAGUUUUUCAGACAUUUCAGCUUUUGUUUUACACUUUGCGCAGAAUAUAAAUAUGUUGCUAAGUUAUUUACUGUCAUCAACAUGUGUGCAUUAACAGAGAUAGGCAUUUUUUUUUGUGUGUAAAUUCAACACAAGACAUGCACUUUAUUUUUAGAGUCAGACGUCACUCUCUACUUAGACAUUUCAGCUUGAUAUUUUUGUCCUCCUGUAGACAGUAAAUAUAUCAGUAAAUAAUGUAGCGUCAGCAACAAACAUGCAUUACGAGAUGUAGAAGCAUUCUUUACUGUGAACCAAACCUAACCCGGAUUUUUAGGGUUUUAAUGAGAGAUUUUAAAUGCUGACAUGAUACAUACUUUUCCUUUUUAGAACCCGAUAUCAGCAGCUGUAAUAUAUCCUCUCUCCUUGGACAUUUAAAUUUGAUUUUGACUUCCUGUAAACUGUAAAUAUGUCAGCAAAUUAUUUACUGUCAUCAACAAACAUGCAUUACAAGUAGAAGCAUUCUUUACUGUGAGCCAAACUUAACAGAUUUUUUAGGGAUUUAACUGAAUUUGAAUGUUGACAUGAUGCAUACUUUUCCCGUUUAGAACCCCCAUCAACAUUUCAGUUUGACCUUUUUUUUUUUUACACUUCCUGUAGACUAUAAAUAUGGCAAUAAAUUACUGUAAAUUACUAAUUUAUUGUCAUCAACAAACAUGCAUUAAAAAGACAGGAGUAUUCUUUUAUGCAAACCAUACUCGUCUCAGAUUUUACAGGUUUUUCUACAGGAUUCUGAAUGUUCUUAUGACGCUUAUAUUUUCACACUUAAGUCCCUGUUUGCUGAUAUUUGGUGGCUCUAAAUUGAAACUUGUAAUGCCAAAAAUAUCAGGGGAAUUGAUUCCUUCAUGUGUCUCAAACUGUGUUUUAGAUCAUUGUGACACUGACACGCUCUGUUAAAACUGUGACCACGUGGAUCAGCAGUUUACUUAAGGGCAGCGUGACACAGCUCACAAAUGCAUUAGGAAAACUUUAAUAAUUUAAUUGGAAAAAAUGUGCAAAUGUAGUAAAAUUUCAAAUGCAGAUAGUGGUGGUUAGGAAAGAAUUCAGAGCUCAGUAUUUCCCUGUGUCUGACUCUAACAUGUGUAUCUAUGGCUGACUUUAUUUCUGUUUACCUUGUUGCUGAUAGCAGGCACUGAAUUGGACUAUGGAAACGGCAUGUUUUGAUCUGUCUAUCUCUACAUAUCUCGAGUUAAGCCCUUCGGCCCGGAGCCAGCUUCUGUUGCUGUAGCAACAAAUGGGUUAAAGGGUUAUUUUCCUUUAAAGGACAAACCACAGUGGGGAAGUUGGGGGAGAAAUGGCUCCAAUUACCAGUUACUCCACAAGUUAAACCUGGGUCUAUGCACAGACUGAGUGUGAGUGUGUGUGUGUGUGUGUGCGCGCGCGCGCGUGUGUGUACAUACUGUUAAGUGUGUGUGAGAGGUCAAAUGUUAAACUGUACGCCAGUCAAUGAAAAAAAAAAAGGUUUUGCAGACUGUUCACAUGUUUGGUAUGUUAAUUUAUAUUUCCUUUUUAUUUAGGCUUGUCUUGAGGUUCUCGCAGGGGGAAGGUUGUCGUCACGAAAAAGGUUUUCAAAGUUUUUUUAAAGCAGAAUUAUGGAUGAAAUGGAGGCCGUCGACACAAACACACAGCUGUAAACUCUCCUCGUUUCAUCCAGUCGGUUAAGGGAAUUUUAAGGGGACAAAAGGUUUAUUUAGCUAAAGAUUAGAAAAAUAUAUAUGAAUGAAAUUCUAUGUUUGCAUACUUUCUAUGCUAUUUUCAUAUAUGGGGUUCACACUAAUGAUGAAAAACAGAAAGGAAUCUCAAGUGCUUUUUACUACAGUGUAACUUAUUUGUUUCGAUUUGAUUUUUACCACCUGUGUUUUUAGUAAUGAUUUAUGAAGCACUGUAUAUUAAAGUUUUAAAAUAUUCAUGAA